AUGAUUGAAACCAUGCAGGCAGGAUUAUGGAUACAUGCACAUGUCAUUGAUGCUUGGACUGAUGUUUUGAACUAUGAAGAAAAGCUUAAAUCAAAUUAUACAGUGAAUCGGUAUUUCUUUGAUGCAUCAAUGGUGAGACAGUUCAUAUUUGACAAAAUAUCCCUUUCAUUGAAAGAUAUGAUAAUUGAGUCCAAUAUCAAAGAUGCAAUGAAAAAGGACAAAGAAUUCUGA